GUCACUAACAUGCGGGAUUACGAUGAAAUCGCUGCUUUUCUUGGAGAAUGGGGACCCUACCAGAAAAUUAUCUUCUUCCUCUUGAGCCUCAGCAUCUUUCCCAACGGUUUCUGCGGAAUGUCCAUAGUUUUUGUCGGGGAUGUUCCAGAGCAUCGCUGCUCAAUUCCCCGGAACCUCAAUCUGAGUGAAGCGUGGUUGAAUCGGACUAUCCCUCUGGAACAAGAGAGAGGCAAACUCCAGUACAGCAAGUGUAGACGGUACCGGCUGGAUGUGAUAGUGAAUCUUUCGGAGACAUUUCGUGAUCCAGAUUCUUUCAACAUGUCUGAGGUAGAACAGGAGCCCUGUUUGGAUGGUUGGGAGUACAGCAAGGAUCAGUACAUCUCCACCAUCGUCAGUGAGUGGGACUUGGUGUGUAACAGUGACUGGAAAGGGCCGUUUGUUAUGUCAGUAUUCUUCAUGGGAGUGCUGUCUGGAUCUUUUAUUUCUGGACAGCUAUCAGAUAGGUUUGGGAGGAAGCUAGUUAUGUUUGGAACUAUGGCUGUACAGACUGUAUUUAGCUUGCUUCAGACACUCUCUCCAAACUGGGAGAUAUUCUGCAUUCUCAAUUUCCUUGUGGGCCUUGGACAGAUUUCAAACGUGGUGGCUGCUUUUGUUCUUGGGUCAGAACUUCUUGGGAAAUCCAUUCGAGUUAUAUUCGCCACAGUGGGAGCUUUUAUUCCUUAUGCAAUUGGCUAUAUGCUCCUGCCUUUGGUUGCAUACUUCAUACGAAGCUGGAGACUGUUGCUUUUCAUCCUCUCUCUCUCUGGCCUCCUGUACAUUCCUUUGUGGUGGUUUAUUCCUGAAUCUCCACGCUGGCUGCUGAUAAAGGGAAGGGCACAGGAGGCUGAAGCAAUACUCCGACACAUUGCAAAGAAAAAUGGUAUCAUUCCACCAGAAUUGCUCUUCAAUGGUCUUGAGCUCGAAGAGAUGAAGGCUGAAAGCAAACAAUCCCAUUCAAUUAUUCACUUGUUUAAAACACGCAAUAUCCGAGCCAUCACGUUCAUAAACUUUCUAGUGUGGAUGAUUCUAACAGCUCAAUACUUUGGCCUGUCUCUGAACACUCCUAAUCUCCACGGUGAUGACUAUUUGAACUGUUUCUUCGCUGGUGCCAUCGAAGUUCCGGCCUACAUAGCAGCUUGGCUUUUUCUCCAGAGGUUUUCCCGAAAGUUCAGCCUUUCAGGCUCACUGUUUCUCGGUGGCAUUGUCCUUUUCUUCAUUCAGCCCAUACCUUCAAAUCUUUUAGCACUUUCCACUGUGCUGGUGAUGAUUGGAAAAUUUGGGGCCACAACUGCCUUCUCCAUAGUUUAUGUCUACACAGCUGAGCUGUACCCAACUGUGGUAAGAAACAUGGGUGUUGGAGUGAGCUCGAUGGCCUCCAGGCUGGGCAGCAUCAUCUCACCUUACAUUUUUCAUCUUGGCUUUUAUCAUGAGUUUCUGCCUUACAUUCUGAUGGGGAGCUUGACGAUAUUUUCAGCAUUUCUGGUCUUGUUUCUACCUGAAACAAUCAAUAUUCCCCUCCCUGAAACCAUUGGCCAGAUGCAGAAAAUGAAGAGAAUUGCCAAGACAGUCACACUGGUAAAGCACGCUCCCCCCUCCGCACGCAAGGCCACCAGUUCAUUAGAGGCAGCCUCUGGUGACAGGCUGGAAAUCUGUGAUGAUUUCUCCAGAGGCUCAGUGCCCCAAUGGCAGGGCCGCAUAGGUGAAAAGUUACAAUUGAGGAUGCGUCCGAUCAAGUGA